AGUCAGCAAACAUUUCGUUUCCUCCUAGAAUUCCUUGUCUCAAAAACUCUCACUCACUCGGCCACUGAAACAAAACACCCAAAAAAUGGAGCUGAGUUUUCAUCUCUGCAUAAUCUCUCUGCUCUUGCUCUCAUCAAAAUCAGCAGCAAAAGAAUCAGAGAUAAUCUCGAGGUUCCAGCGCUACCUUCAGAUCAACACGGCGCAGCCUAAGCCCCUGUACCGCGAAGCAGCAGAUUUCAUCCUCUCCGAGGCCGCUUCCCUCUCCCUCGAGUCGCAGACUCUCGAGUUCGUCCCUGGCAAGCCUCUCGUCCUCCUCAAAUGGCCCGGCUCCGAUCCUUCUCUCUCCUCCGUCCUUCUCAACUCUCACACCGACGUCGUUCCGGCCGAGCACGACAAGUGGACACACCCCCCUUUCUCGGCCCACCUGGAUUCGAACGGCGACAUUUACGCCAGGGGGUCCCAGGACAUGAAGUGCGUUGGGAUUCAGUAUCUGGAGGCUAUUAGGCGGCUCAAGGCUUCUGGGUUUGAGCCCAAAAGGUCUGUUUACUUGUCGUUUGUCCCUGAUGAGGAGAUUGGGGGUCACGCUGGUGCUGAGAAGUUUGCUGAAUCUGAUGUUUUCAAGGGCUUGAAUGUGGGCAUUGUGCUUGAUGAAGGGUUGGCCUCGCCGACUGAGAAUUACAGGACGUUCUAUGCGGAGAGGUGUCCCAUGUGGCUGGUCAUCAAGGCUACUGGGGCUCCUGGUCAUGGGGCCAAGCUCUAUGACAACACUGCCACGGAGAAUCUCUUCAAAAGCAUUGAGAGUGUGAGGCGGUUCCGGGCUUCGCAGUUUGACUUGGUGAAGGCAGGUUUGAAGGCUGAAGGAGAGGUCGUCUCAGUCAAUAUGGUGUUUUUGAAGGCUGGCACUCCGACUCCGACUGGUUUUGUCAUGAAUUUGCAGCCAUCUGAAGCGGAAGCAGGCUUUGAUAUUAGGGUCCCACCAACUGCUGAUCAGGAGUCCUUGGAGAGACGGAUAGCUGAAGAAUGGGCCCCUUCUUCAAGGAACAUGACAUUUAUGCGUGGGCAGUUCAAGCAGAAGGUUUCUGUGCUUGACGACUCAGGGAGGCCAAUCCUUACCGCAACUGACAGUUCAAACCCCUGGUGGGGCCUUCUAGAAGAAGCUGUCAAAAAAGCUGACGGGAAACUUGGUAAGCCAGAGAUUUUCCCUGCUUCAACAGACGCUCGCUACUUCCGGCAACUGGGUUUGCCAGCAAUCGGAUUCUCUCCUAUGGCUAACACUCCUAUUCUCCUUCACGACCACAAUGAGUUUCUAAACAAAGACGAAUACUUGAAAGGAAUCGAGAUUUACGAAUCUAUUAUCAAGGCUUAUGCAUCUUAUGUUGAUCAUGGAAGAAGCGCAGGGUCCAGAGAUGAGUUGUAAUUCUGGAAUAGCGGCUUGCCUCGUUCCUUUUUUCUCAAGAGAGGUGCCUUGUGUUUUUGCAUUGUUGUAAUAUAAUGGGAGAUGAGAAAUGUCCCGAUACCGUCUGUAUAAUGUAACAAUAAGGCGGAAGCAAGCAUGAGCUUCACCAAACAACGCACAGGAUUUUAUUUUAUUUUCCAUAGAUAUAAACAUGGUUUUAGGGAGAUAUAUUGGUUAAUCCCUCAUGGUAUUCCAAUUUUUUUUUCUCCGAUAAUUUGUCAUUUCAUCCCGAAAAAAUAAAAAAUUAUACCAAUUUGGUUA